UUACAUGCUGCAGCCCUGACCUCUCUGAAAGGUGAAAUCCUGGACCUGACCAACCGACUUCAUCAUGUCUCCUCAGAGCGUGACUUACUGGAGAAGCAGCUGAACAAAGUCCAUACUGAGAAACUGCAUCUUCAACGAGAGUAUGCAGACCGCCUUGAGCAGCAGGCCCAGCGUUACGAGGAGAGAAUAACUGAGCUCCACAGUGUAAUAGCUGAACUGAGGAAAAAGCUGGACAGACACCAGAUUAAUGUCAUAAGGGAAGAAGAUGAGUAUGAGGAGUCUGAGGGCCAGAGUAACCUAAGUCAGAAGAGUAACGAGGAAGCUGGGAGCUGUAAUGAGAACAAUGCCAAUGAUUCACAAGCAGCAAGCAUAGACUUCAAUCUCGGAGCAGAUCUUAAUGCUGAGCUAACCAGGGUGGUCACAGAGUUGGAGAGCGCUAUCAAUGAGCGCAAGAAAAUAGCCGUUGAUGCCACAGAUGAGUUGGCGGUGGAACAGUAUGAGACUGAGAGCGUGGAGGAGAAAGCUCUGCAGGUUGUCAAGGAAAUGGAAGAAAUGAACAUUGACACUCCAAAAGAGAAGGUUCAAGUCAGUCACAAGCAAUAUGAGGAGCAGCUCCAACUCCUGCGUGCAGACAAUGCAUCUCUUCAGGACCAGAUAGGCAGACAAGAGACUGAGCUCAACAAGUGUAAAGCACAGAUGGGAGGCUUGAGAGAAGAGAGGGACAGGCUUCGAAGAAAAGUCCGUGAACUCCAGACCCGAAUCCAGAGUGUGGAAGCAUCAUCUAGUCCACAUAGCAGUCGUGUUUCCACGCCAACCAAAACUCAGCCAACAGGUGGCCCCAUGAGUCCUGUUGGGGCGAUGGGUGACAGGACACUGCCACCUGGGGAGCAAGUAGCGGCAGUUGCUAAGGUGGCAGAAUUGAAAAAACUUAAAACGGGUGGUGCUGAACGGCAGGUGCUUGGAACUGAAAUUGCUUCCUUAGGGCUUCCUAAUCCCAAAGUGGCAGAACAUUUAGCGCACAGCCUUCAAGAGUGCUCAAAUAUGCAGGAAAUCAUACAGACUUUAUACAAGUGUGGAGACGAAAUUUCAGAAGGCAAAAUCCAUGAAUUUGAAAUAGAAAUGGAAAGACUCAGUGCGAAAAUAGACCAUUUGAAAUCUCAGAAUGACUUGGCAAAUAUAACACUAGAAGAAAGUAAAGCUCAGUGUGAUCGCUUAAGUAUUUUGAUUGGAAAAUACGAGUCAAACAAUACAGCAUUACAGUUGGCUAUAAAUUAUGCAGAUCAGUCCCUAGAGGGGUACCAGGCAUUGGUUGAUCUAUUGGAGACAGAUCAAGGGGUUUUAUUGGCUAAUUGCAGAGCUGCAGGGCUGGGAGGUUUUGGUGAUGAUGCAUAUAGUGGAAACCAAGAAGAAGUGGCAGUGGCAUUACGUCGUGCAGUCGGAGCACGUAAAUCUGCAGAGAACAUGGCCAGGCAUCUGUUACAGAAGAUGGACAGAAAUGGUGGUCUCAAUUUGCCAGGCACUACUUCAGCAACCACACCAUGGGAAGACAUGUCAUCAACAAGCAGAACAACCAGCACCACUAGCUCUACAGCCAGUAGUGUGGACACCGAGUUCAGUAAAGUGGACGAGCAGAGGCUGAGAGAUUAUAUCCAACAGUUAAAGAAUGACCGGGCUGCAGUGAAAUCCACUGUCCUGGAGCUGGAGAGUGUCCACACUGACCCUCUGGCCAAGACCCCUGGCCUUAACCCUGAAUUCCAAAGGCUAGACCUGGAGAAUGCUGUGAUAAUGCAAGAGUUGAUGGCUAUGAAGGAAGAAAAAGCAGAGCUGAAAGCACACAAUUAUCUGAUUGAGAAAGAACUGAAGUCUUUGCAGUUGCGCUUGAGUGGAAAGGAAUCUCAGGAACAAGCUUAUAUGGUACAAAUUGAUCAUCUCAAGUGUGAGAUUAAAGAACAGCAGCAAAAACUGUCCACCUACUCAAAUAAGAAAAAGGAGGAGGAGUUGGAUACGUCAACUCCUGCCAUAACUCUGGCUGAACUACGCUCCCAUAAUGCCUCUCAAAUUGCACAAGACCUCUCAGAAUCCCUGAAAAGAGAGAAGAAGCUGAAGGCAAGAGUACAGGAGUUGGUAGCCACACUUGAAAAACUUUCCAGAAACUCUGAAAUUCGGCACCAGCAAUCUGCAGAGUUUGUGAGUGACCUGAAGAGAGCAAACAGUGCCUUAGUAGCAGCCUUUGAGAAAGCCAAGAAGAAAUACCAAGGGAAAGUGAAGAAGCUGGAGCAGCAAAUCCAGACAAUAUCAGAGAGAUAUGAGAAUCAAGUGCAAAUGUUGAAGCAAAAAGUACAGUGUCUAGAGGAAGAAAAUGCCAGAUCCCACACUAGCGAGACUUCAUUAUAGCUAGCCACCAGUUCACUAAAUGGAUUUCAACACAGGACUGAUGUUCAGAAAUGGAAUGGUUUUCAGUCAUAUAUUAGUGCAUUGUACCCACAGCAUUAAAGAGUUUGUGUCAUGUUUUGAUAGAUGAAUUAAAUCUUGUGUAAAAUUAAAAAGGAUUGUGUGAAGUGAAAAAAGAAAUGAUAUAAGCAAAUUAUGUUAAAAGAAUAAGUUGACAUAUGAAUACUCUUCAUUUACUCUGUAUCCAUAUUUUUAAGAGAUUUUUUCUCCCUUAAAAAUAGUCAGUUUUCUUUGAAGGAUUCAGACACAAUGCCAGAACGUGCAGUUGCAUAGACAACGUGGCAAAUUUUGCAAUUUGUUGCAUACGAAGUAAUAAAAGAUGACUUUGUUAUCUGAACGAACAUUUAAAAAGUGGUGUAUAUUUUACUCAGGUUAUAUCAGCGAUUAUCUGAUGCUUUCCCUGGUGCUGCAACAACUGUUUCAAUUUUAGAUACACAUUUGCCAAAUUGUUAACUCAUUUUCAGCUUAAAUUUAUUUUUAUCAGAUAAGACCCUUUCCCCAUCGUUUCCCAUUCAUGUUGACUCCGUGCUGAAAUCACGUUUGGAAUGAAAUAUGGAAUACCGACUUUCUUUUAUGUAAUGUUUUUACAUACAUAUUUUGAAGAAAGCCUUUAAAAAGAAAGUUAAAAAGGACAGAUUUCUUUGAAAAGCAACGCUGUCAAAUUUUAUUGUAUAUUUUAUUCAUUUAUUUAUUCAUUCAUUAUCAUUUUAUUUUAUUUUUGGGGGGCUUCAUUUCUGAUCAUAGUCUAUCGAUUCUGAACUAGUGUCUGAAAUAUUUGGCUCUUUGUUUUUAGAAGAUACGUCUUCAGAAUGGUUGUAGCAGUCAUAGCUGUGUUGUGCAGUAUAUUAAAUAAAUGUUAGAAAUGACUAAGACCAUGCAAUUGGUGCUUUUUAAAAAAUAUGCAUACUACUAUGUAAAUCGUGUUAGCCAUGUACACGCAGACUUAAGAAUUUAUGGUUAAGCCUCGACUCGAUAUUGACGGUUACUAAGAUUUGGUAAUUAUAUUAUGAACAAGCAAAACGUUGCAUUUUUCCAUGAUAGUUUUAGAUAAAUUUUGAGUUUAGAUCAGUGUUUUUUUUCUUGCUUACUUAGAAUAAUAGAUAUUUUCAUAUUUUCAGUCAAUACCUGGGUACUUCAUUUUACAAUGUGUUAUUUAUAAAAAUAAGAGAGGAAUCUAGUCAUGAUAGUGGCAGUGCCCAAAGAGAGUACGUUGUAUAUCAUGUAGCUGUGUUCAGUUGUAAAGAAAGGCAGGUAGACCUGGUUUUGCUAGACAUUUUCGAUACAGAAGGGUUGUAAUACAAUGUCCUUUUGUUUUUGUACAUUUUCAAUAAGCUGUUUUGUUGAUUAAAUAGCGUCAACCACCGUCUACACUGUAUCUGAAAUAAGUUAAUAAACAAGUAUAUAUUUAUUUGUACAAUUGAUUUUACAUAUCCA